CGGAGAGCGCACGGGGCGAGCUGAGCGUCGCGCCGAGCCGUCGUGGCGUAGCCAGCGUCCUUGGGCGAGGAAGAUGCUGCCGAUCAGGAAGACCGCGAAACAGGGCAAAAGGGGUAUUCUAGAACGCUUGGAUGCUGGAGAAAUUGUGAUCGGAGAUGGGGGAUUUGUCUUUGCUCUUGAAAAGAGGGGAUAUGUAAAAGCUGGGCCUUGGACUCCUGAAGCAACUGUAGAACAUCCAGAAGCAGUUCGUCAGCUUCACCGAGAAUUCCUCAGAGCUGGAUCCAAUGUUCUGCAGACCUUCACCUUUUAUGCCAGCGAGGAUAAACUGGAGAACAGGGGCAAUUAUGUAGCUGAGAAAAUAAGUUGCCACAAAGUGAAUGAAGCUGCUUGUGACAUUGCAAGAGAAGUGGCUAAUGAAGGUGAUGCUUUGGUGGCUGGAGGAGUCAGUCAAACACCAUCUUACUUAAGCUGUAAGGAUAAAACAGAGGUUAAAGCAGCCUUUCGAAAACAACUGGAAGUCUUUAUGAAGAAGAACGUGGACUUCUUAAUUGCAGAGUAUUUUGAGCAUGUUGAAGAGGCUGUCUGGGCAGUUGAAGUUCUAAAAGAAUCUGGAAAGCCAGUUGCAGCUACGAUGUGCAUUGGUCCAGAAGGAGACAUGCAUGGAGUGUCCCCUGGACAAUGUGCUGUCCAGCUGGUAAAGGCUGGUGCUUCUAUAGUUGGAGUCAACUGCCAUUUUGAUCCAGAAACUUCCAUCGAAACUGUGAGGCUGAUGAAAGAGGGCUUGCAGGCUGCUAAACUGAAAGCCCACCUGAUGUGCCAGCCACUUGCUUUCCAUACUCCUGAUUGUGGAAAGCAGGGAUUUAUUGAUCUUCCGGAAUUUCCCUUUGGUCUGGAGCCAAGAAUUGCCACCAGAUGGGACAUUCAAAAAUAUGCAAGAAAGGCCUAUGACUUAGGAAUUCGUUUCAUUGGAGGCUGCUGUGGAUUUGAGCCAUAUCACAUCCGAGCAAUAGCUGAGGAGCUGGCUCCUGAAAGAGGAUUUUUGCCAGAAGCUUCUGAGAAACAUGGUAGCUGGGGUGAUAACCUGAGCAUGCAUACCAAACCCUGGGUCAGAGCAAGGGCAAGAAAAGAAUACUGGGAGAAUCUGAAGCCUGCUUCCGGCAGGCCAUAUUGUCCCUGCAUGUCAAAGCCAGAUGGCUGGGGAGUGACCAGAGGAGCCAAGGAGCUGAUGCAACAGAAAGAAGCAACAACUGAACAACAGCUAAAGGAGCUCUUCCAGAAAAAGAAGUUCUAAUCCACUGCAGUUAUAUAAAUCUUAAAAUGAUAUAUCUACAGACCAUCUCAUGCUUCAGAAGAAAAUCUGUGAAGAUGAGUACUGUGUUGAUUUAUCAGUUAAAAAUGUAAUGAAAGAGACAAAAUCCAGAAAAAAUGUGAUUACUUAUGUCUAACUUUGAUAAUAGAAUCCUUAUCUGGACAAAUAGUUUAGAGAAUACAUAGUCAAAAGUAAUUUUGGAUUCUCAUAAUAAUUGAGCUUCUGUUAGCUGAGUGCCAUUAAUUGGAUAGACACAGAAAUACCUGGAAGUCAUAACUGGCUGAACUCACCUGUGAAAAAAGAAAAAGCCAUCUAUAAAUACAGUGUCAAUGGA